AUGCCUUUGUUAAAGCGCAAUAACAACAAGCCACUCAUCCCGCCUCUUGAGUCUGAAAGACAGUCAGGCAAAUCGUCGCCCUCUUCACUAUCAAGCUAUCGCUCUAAUGCUACCACCUACGUCCAAAGUAGAGACGGUGAUCUGUACGAGAAAAGUAUCCGCAGCAAUGGCGACCAUACACCUCCAGAGGAUGACUAUCGAGACAAAUACAGUCGCAGUAACGGCGUUGGAGACAUUUACUCUCGCGGUGACGCCCAACUAGACCAAGAUCGCAAUGAGUUAUUUGCAGGCUAUAAUCCAGCAAAGUCAGGAGGAUCUAGCCGUUUCUUCGAUGGAGCAGAGAAUAGGGAUGUCCCUCCAGGAGAAGAGAACGAUGAAGAUAUCGAAGGCAUCAAGCAGCAGACAAGGUUUGUGAAGCAGGAGAGUGUCAAUUCUUCGCGGAAUGCCCUGCGCCUGGCACGGGAAGCAGAAGAUGUUGCCAGAGGUACUCUAGGAAAGCUUGGUGAUCAGUCAGAGAAACUCGCAAACACCGAGAUGCAUCUUGACGUUGCCAAGGGACACUCUGGCCGAGCCAGUGACAAAACAGAUGAACUGAAAAAACUCAAUCGUUCCAUCUUCCGCCCAGCGAUUACCUGGAACAAGGACGCUAAGCGUGCAGCCGAGGCAGCCAAGGUGCAAGCUCGUUACGAAGAGGAACGUCUGGAACGCGAGAAGGCGAUGAGGGACAUCCGGGACAGCCAGAAUCGUCUCGGUCGAGCACAGACGUACGGUCGGGCCAACGACGAUGAGGAGGAGCUUAUCGGGGGUGGCCGAUUCAAGACUGCACCUCAGCUGAACGAGCGUAAAGCCCAGUACUCGCGGUACCAGUUCGAGGCCACUGCAUCUGACGAUGAGCUGGAGAAUGAACUCGAUGAUAACUUAGAUGAGAUUGGAGGUGCGACGAAGAGGUUGAAGGCCCUUGGCAUGGCUAUGGGCCAAGAGUUGGAUUCGCAGAAUAUCCGGACUGAGAAUAUCAGUGGAAAGACGCAAGGACUGGAUGAGAAGCUGUACAAUGUUACCCAUCGACAAAAGAAAUUCUGAAUUCUCGUUUCAUUUUACCAAGAUAUGGAUACCCUUUAUAUGGACGUUUCAAAAUCGGUUGAGGACAGAGGCAUCUAUGUAGAAAUAUACCAAUACUAUAUCCUGUUCAAGUUUCUCACUCUACCAAUGAUGGGAUUGUCAGUGACAUUCCUUGUC